AUGAAUUUUCAUCCAAUCUUGAGUUUUUCGGAAGAAGACGAGAUCGGAACCAUCCAGCCUCACGACAAUGCGCUGUUGAUCACUCUCAGAAUCGGGGACUACGAUGUGAAAAGAGUGAUGGUGGAUGGUGGCAGUGGGGCCGAGGUUAUGUACCCCAGCCUCUGCAAGGGGCUGGGGUUAAAACUGGAAGAUUUGAUGCCCUAUAACUUUCCUCUGAUGAGCUUCGACGGAAAGCUUGUCAUUCCAAAGGGCAUGAUUAGGCUACCCAUCCAAACUGGCCCAGAGAUAGUGGAGGUGAAUUUUAUCGUGGUGGAUACCUACUCUCCCUAUACAGCCAUCGUCGAUAGGCCCUGA